CCUUUUCCCAUACCCCUUUCUAACUUACUUCCCCCUCCACCCCAUUUCUCUCUCACCGCUUUAUCAUUUUCCUUCUAUCUCUCCUAUUCUCUGUCUGCCACGAUGCACAAACUCUUCCCAAUGUUGUGUAUGUUGGUUUUGGUAACCCUGAUCUUCUUGGCUGCCGUGAGAGUGGUUGUGAAUUUUCCCGAAGCGGUUGUGGGUUCAAGCCCGAGAAGCCUGGGUUCUAAGCUGAAGCCUGAUGUCAGAGAGGAGAGGAGGAGAGAUCCUUCGCUGAAGCCUGGUCUGGGCCAAGAAAGACCAGGGGAUUUUCUGAAGUCUGAUUCAAGCCUGGAAAGCCCGGAUGCAUUUCUGAAGUCGGAUUUAAACCAAGGAAGCCGAGAUCUUGUGCUGAAGCCUGAAAUAAGCCGAGAAAGUCAGAGCCUAGAUCCCCCGCUGGAGCCUGGAGAUCCCGAAAGCCAGGUUUCUUCCCCGAAGCCUGAAACAAGCCGGGAAAACGAAGAUCUUUUGACGAGUCCUCCAACGAACCGAGAAAGCCCAACCCAAGAUCCUCUACUAAAGCCCAAUCUAAGCCACGAGAGCCAAGAUCUCCUUCGGAAGCCUGAUCAAGCCCCAGACAGUCCAAACCCGCUUUCCAGCCCCAAGACAACCGCCUUGCCCCCCUGCCCCGAAAUGCCCCUCGUCCCAGGAAGAAGGAGAACCAUCAAUUCGGUGAUAACGGUGGAGGAGGCGCAGAGGGCGAUCAAGGGCGUGCGCGCGGGCGGGUCGUGGUGGCCGCCCCUCUGCGCCCCGCGGCAGAGGCUGGCCGUCAUCGUGGCCUUCAGGGACAGGGCGGCCAUGCUGGGUCCCUUCCUGUACCGUAUGCAUCCGUUCCUUCAACAACAGUCCAUGAACUACUCAAUCUACUUGGUGGAACAAACACCGGAGGGGGGCUUCAACCAGGCCAAGAUGUACAACGUGGGCUUCGUUCGGGCGCGCGCCGAGGGACCCUGGGACUGCUUCGUGUUCCAUGACGUCGACUGCCUCCCCGAGAACGACAACAACCUCUACUUCUGCGCCGACCAGCCGCGCCACCUGGGAGUCGCGCGGUCCAAGACGGGAUAUCAGUUGGUUCACAACAACAAGUACAUGGGUUGUGCCAAUGCCCUGACUGGGUGGCAGGUGGACAGAGUUAAUGGCUGGAGUAACAGGUACUUCGGCUGGGGCGGCGAAGACAACGACAUGUCCCGCCGCAUCAGGGCCUCGGGAAUGGGCGUGGUCAGGAUGGAUCCGGCGGUGGCGACCUACAUGAUGCUGAAACACCCCCCGGCGAGGAGGAAUCCUGACAGGAGAGAGAUAUUGCGGGAAGCUGUAAGAACAUACAAGGAAGACGGUCUGAACACUCUGAACUACACCCUUGUCCAGAUGGAACGACGGCCGCUGUACACUUGGUUGUUCGUCCGGCCGUGAUGGGGAAGGA